CUGUGAUAACCUGCUCCGGAAAGGGGUUCGCGAUUCUCUCGUGUUGCGCUAAUCGAGUAGGUAUAUAACAUUCCCUUUCAUAGAUUUUAGUAAACUACCAAUAAGGCGUAUUUUAGAUUAAUUUCUAAAUUAUUGAUGAUCAAACAACACGAUAAUUAAUACUAAAACAUAAGAUUAAUUUCACUAUUUUAGUGUCGGAAAUAGUCGUGAAAUGGCAGGGAAAACUCCAUUUGAAAACAGACUUAUGAAAGAGUUUGAAAUAUUUGCCAAAAAACCUCCGCCAGGUAUGUCUAUAGAUGUACAAGCUGAACAAAAUCUUAGAAAUUGGAUUAUAAAUAUACAAGGCCCUAUAGGCAGUUUAUAUGAUGGAGAACAGUUCCAGUUACGGUUCAAAUUUGAUACAGAAUAUCCUUUCGAGUCGCCUGAAGUUACAUUUGUAGGCCAAAACAUUCCAGUUCAUCCACAUGUGUAUAGUAAUGGCAAUAUAUUAUGUUUAUCUAUUCUUACUAGUGACUGGUCACCAGUAUUAACAGUUCAGUCUGUUUGUCUUUCAAUUAUGUCUAUGCUAAGCAGCUGCAAAGAAAAGGUCUCUUCGAACUCAUCCAGCGGAGUGUCGACGGAUUCC